AAAUUUGCGUGCUGACCUGCGCAGAAGUGCUGACGUAACACAUGGCGGGCAAAAUGGCUGCUUCCAGUUAGAGAAAAAUUUCAAAAUUUCAGUUUUCAGAGUUUAUACUACGUUUCCUUGAGGAGUUGACAUUUACUGUGACGUUUGAGUGAUCUUCUAAACUACGUGGCUCAUUUGGAAGGCAGACAUGGCAUCCCUUGGACUGGGUGGAGCAGGGGCGUCGGCACAAGAAGCCCUGGAGGCUGCUGGGAAACAGAUUGACAGGAACAUCGUAUCUGACAGGCAGUACGGGGAUCUGUCAGACCUGCUCAGGGUCUCCUCACAUGGAUCUCCCAGUAUGAGUGGAGUGAGUGAGCUGGACUACCCUGCCCUGUCCACCCUCCACCCUGCCCUGGCUAACCUGCCUCUCCUCAGUCCUGUCAGGAGGGUUCCCCUCCCUCCUGAGCUGGUUGAACAGUUCAGCCGUAUGCAGUGCAAUUGCAUGAUGGGAGUGUUCCCAGAGAUCAGUAGGGCGUGGCUGACCAUCGACAGUGACAUCUUCGUGUGGAACUAUGAGGAUGGGAGUGACCUGGCAUAUUUUGAUGGGCUAAAUGAAACCAUUCUCAGUGCAGGUCUGGUGAAACCAAAGCCAGGUAUAUUCCAGCCCCAUAUCAAGUUCCUCCUGUGCCUGACCACUCCAGUGGACAUAGUUCUCUUAGGAGUCAGCUUUGCCAAUUCUCCUGAAGGUGCAGCACCUGGAAGUCAGUAUGCAGAGAUGCACCUGUUGCCAGAUCCCCUGUUCUCCAUCCCGUCUGACAACACCUACAUCCUGAGUGUGGUGGGAACAGACAAGGGACGCAUCUUCCUGGCAGGGAAGGAUGGGUGCCUGUAUGAAGUAGUAUACCAGGCAGAGGAGGGCUGGUUCAGUCGUCGCUGUAAGAAGUUGAACCACUCCAUGAGUUCUCUCUCCUUCCUGGUGCCGUCUUUCCUCACUUUCUCCUUCUCAGAGGAAGACCCCAUAGUGCAGAUAGAAGUAGACAACAGCCGGCAUGUCCUCUACACACGGACAGAGAAGGGCACUCUGGAGGUGUUUGACCUUGGUGCUGAUGGGACCGCCAUGGGGCGUGUCUCCUGGAUGAACCAGUCCACUAUUGUACAGUAUGCAGCAAGGAUCGCCAGCACCAUUGACAGGUCCAACUUCAAGUCCAUCGUACACAUCUCUGCUGUUCCUAAUACAGACUCCACCAACAUACACCUGGUAGCAGUCACCCAAACAGGAGUGAGGCUGUAUUUUACGACCAGCUACUUUAACCAGCCCCAGGCACGCCCCAGUCUCCUGGCCCUGGUGCAUGUCCGUCUACCCCCUGGUUUUACUGCCACUGCUGCACCCCAGAGACCAACCAACAUCCACUCAGCCUUCUAUGGGAAAGGUUCCACAUUGCUGGCCUCCUCUCAGGCAGAAGACUCUGACAUGUUGUGGUGCCUCAGUACAGACACUUUCCCCUUCCAGAUCCCUCUCAUGGAGACUCAGAUAACACUUGGCAUUGACGGGAGGACUUGGGUCCUAACGGAGGUGUCAGAUGGCGAAGACUUUGGCAUCUUCGGGCCCAAAAAUGGAGCUGCUCCCCCCAAGUCCCUGCCCCCAGUGGUGGUGAACCAACACUGGCUACCUCCUAAGAGAUACGUGGUGCUCAGUGCACAGGGAAGCUACUUACUGAACCAGCUGCGACCGGUUGACCAGCUGAGGCAGUUGUUGCUAAGUAACGGAGGACCAGACUGUGAGGAGGUGGAGGCCUUCUUCAAACUGCUGAGGGAUGAGCAGGCCUGCGCCACCUGUCUCAUCCUAGCCUGCUCCAAAGCUGCUAGUGACCAGGAGGUUUCAGAAUGGGCGACUCGCGCGUUCUUCAGGUUUGGUGGUGAGGCCCAGUUUGCCUUCCCUGUGGCUCCAGACAUCACUAACAUGGGGCAGGCUCCAGACAUAGGAAUGUCUCCGAGCCCCAUGCCAGGUGCACCCAGCCCUGUGCCAGGUCUGCAGACACCUGCGGCUUCCUCAGCAUUGUUCCAGAGCACACCCUCUGCAUUUGUGACAUCCACACCGGCCAAUCAGCAGCUCCCCUUCAGGUCACCUGACCCCAGCAGCGCAGCCAUUGGUCCAGAGGUGAAGUUCUCUGGGAAGCACAAUGGCAUCUGUCUGUACAUGGCCAGGAUUCUGGGGCCACUGUGGGAGAGCCAAGUGGUAUUUGAGACCAAGCAGCAAGGCCAUCAAAUGUUGUGCAGUACAGUAACAGGAGAGGGACUAGGUUGGGUCCUGGAUGAGCUGCGAGGUCUGAGAGACUUCCUGGAGAAAAACGCGCUCUCCACCGGCCCGGCCGCCGCCAACGGGUUCGGGUCACCACGCAACAUCCACCAGAGGAUGCUGGGAUUCCUGCGGCCGGACGCGGGUGUGUCAGGUGCAGGCCAGGUGCAGCAGCAGCUGCAGAGGAAAUACCAGACUGAAGCCCAGGCUGCUGAGAAGGCCUCCCUGGUGCAGAUACAGCAGCUGGUACAUCGGACAUGUGAGGUACUGGGACUGUGGAGGGCUCUGUGUGAACACCCCUUCCAGGUCGUGGCUGCAGGACUACCUAAGGAGAUGCAAAGCCAGCUCCGUGGUCUGAGGUUCAGGGAUGUGAUUGUGAAUGGAAAGGAGAUCCUGAGUGCUCUCAUCACGUGUCUGAUCAACCGUUACCUUGGUGAUGACGCAACAACAGAUGCCAUCAGCUCUCGUCUACGGGAGGUCUGCCCCUCGCUGUACAGCACUGAGGACGCAGUCUGCUCCAAGGCGAAUGAGCUGCUGCAAUCUGCUGGUAAAAUCCAGUCCAGUGUGGAGAGGAUGAAGAUGCUGCAGGAAUCUCUGCAGCUGUACAGGCAAAUCAGCAGCCAGAUCAACCUGCCCAUGGUCUGUGGGCAGUUCCAGCAGGUCCACUUCUAUGACGGUGUGGUUGAGUUGAGCCUGAACUCUGCCCAGAGGAGAGAUCCCCAGGGCCUGGCCCUGCACCACUACAGGAGUGGGGAACCUCCAGAGGACACACAGGGCAGCAUGGCUUUCACUGCAAGGUUGGAGUGUUACAAGUGUGUGACUGAUGCCCUGGGCCAGCUGGUGACUAUCUCCCAGGAACACCCCGGCUCCCCCAGUGUACCCAACAGACCUGGCCCCCCUCCCGACACCAGGGGCAGGCUCAGCGCUGUGGAGGCUCAGCAGUAUGUUGACCAGAUGAUGCGGCUGGCGCUGAAAUCGGAGGAUGAGCUGUUCCAUGUGGCGCUGUACGACUGGCUGGUCAGCACAGGCCUGCAGGACAAACUACUCGAGAUCUCGUCUCCGUAUAUUGAGCCAUACCUGACACGAGCGGCCCAGUACCAAGGUGACAACAUUGCGACCUAUGACCUCCUGUGGAAGUAUCACGAGAAGAGCAGAAACUAUUCAGCAGCUGCACAGAUCCUGUCCAAACUGGCUGAACGACACAGCACUGAUGUAGACCUGAAGCAGAGGAUUGAGUACCUCUCCCGCGCCGCCAUGUGCGCUAAGAGCAGUACGCAGGCCGGUGGCGCGGCUGACGGGGAGUUCCUGCACGAGCUGGAGGAGAAGCUGGAGGUGGCGCGGCUACAGGUGCAGGUCUGCGAGGCUCUGGCACGCAGCGGCACCAGGCUACCCCGGGCACAAGAGGCACUGGGGCAGCUCAACGCUGAACUGGUGGACAUAACAAGGCUGUAUGGUGACUUUGCCGACCCAUUCAGACUGUCCGAGUGUAAGCUGGCCAUCAUCCACUGUGCAGGCCACCAUGACCCAACACUGGUGGAGAGUCUAUGGCUGGAGAUUGUACAGAAAGAGCUGUCAGACUCUGCAGGAAGUCCUGCCGACACGCGGAUGACCAUGUUGGGGAACAAACUGGUGAAGCUGGGCAGAACCUACGCCUCUUCAGACAGGUUCUUCCCUCUGGCGUUUUUAGUGAAACUGUUGGAGAAGAAGGUUCUAGAGUUGGAGUUUGAUCAGGACUGGGCGUUCUCCACCCUGCUGUCUGUCCCUGUACCUGUCUCCAAACUCCUCACUAUCUACGACAGGCUCUUCAAGGCAAAGGACCCAUGUUGGCAGGCAGCGAGGCGACCGCUCCAUGUACUGGAGGCCAUCUUCUUACUACUGACCAAAUAUGCCACAGAGCCAUCACUCGUACCAGCUUAUGAAAGAAAACCUGUGUUGGGUGGGAGUUAUGUCAAGAACCAGAGACGACAGUUCACCAUGUUCUGCCUGGACUGUAUAGCCAGCUACCUGGUGGAGGUGGAGGCCAUGAGUAGUACAGAGGCAGGGGUACAGGAACUGGUGCGCAACUUCAGGGGGCUACAGGCCAGGCUGGAGAGGCUGUUGUGACCUUGACACAAGGUCAAAUCUAUCGUUAGGAUUUACUAGUAGCAGCACGUUGGUAGAACAUACUGCACCUUCGCAAAACCCGUAAUGUAUUGUGCAUAGCACCUUGGCAGAAUCAUAUUCAUGUAUAAAGUUAACAUCCCGUCUGUAGUUUCCAAAGGUUAUGUCGGAAAACAUAUCGUCUGCAACAGGCAAAAAUUCUGAUGCAAUGGUGACCAAACAUCCAACGAAAACCGUGAAAAAUCAGAGUUUCGCACAGGCGCAGUACGUUCUGCCAACGUGCUGGAUUUAGCAAAGAACCCGGUGUCAUUUGGAUGUAUUUUUGAGAGAAAACAAAAGAACACUGAGAAUGCCAAUACUGUUAUGACUUAGGGAAAAGGUUACUUGACACAUGUUAGGACUACCAUAAAUCCAACAUUGCUGAAAAGCUAGGAGAAUGCUAGUUAGAUAAAUUGCUUAUUUUGGAACUUUUUCAAUGAUAUUUAGACAAGGUUCAGUAAACAGCAAAGCAUAGGUUUGAAAUUUGCUGGUCUUUCUAAAGUAUUCAGGGAUCUUUUAUACCUACACCAUUUUUCUUCUAGGUAAUAACUGAUGACAUAGUGCCAUGAAUAUGAAACAUUUAUAAUACCCUAAACAUCAUGUAAAAGCACCAAAGGAAAAAGAACAGUCAAAUUAUUAUGGAGCUAAAUUAUGAUUCUCGUUUCCUCAUGGAAAUGAGGAUUUGGGGAUUCCUGAUUAGCUUUAUAUCAUGGUUGAUAAUAAAUGUCAUUAAAACAGUCGUGCUUCAUUUCAUAUGAGGAAUGAGACGAAAGAAGUUAACUUUUCUGUCAUUUGCUUACUACAUAUCACUCUAGAGCAGUGUUGUUCCUUUUAAAGGCAUCCAAUGCGAUUUCAGGGCAGCAAAACUGGAAAUAUUCUGAAUAAGGCAAUCUUUGUGAUAUUGACACAUACUGCUUCACACUAGCAUAUUUGAAUAAGCAUUUCAUACUGCGGGCAUUUAAAACUGCAGAAACAAGCUCCAAGACUAGUACUUCAUUUUCUGGGUGGUACCCUAAAA